AAAGCAAUCUGUAAGCAAACAGCAGUCUGUGCUGUGACUGGCUGCUGCUCCUGCAGUUCCUCCUCCCUCGCAAGUAAACUGCAUGCAAAAAUUCCACAUGAUCAGCCAACAGCGCCUUUGCUCCCAGCUAGCCGACUGCACCUCUUCCGUGCGCGCGCGCGCGCGCGCACAUACACAAACGGAGGCUUCCAGAUUUGUCUCCUGACACACAUAUGCAUGUGGAUGUGUGUACUGAUAUUUCUCUCUGCAUAUAUCCCGUGUACGCAUCCACGCAGCUGUCUGUUGCACACACCGACCCCACCAGCCUCCUUCCUUUUCCUAGGCUGUCGCUGUCGGAUUUACACGCAGGGAAGAAAUCAGUCUCCGAAAAAAGAAAAGAAAAAAGGGGGGCGUGACUAUUUAAAGCUGUUUCCCACCCCAUAAAUUAUUCCUGUUUUCGUCCUCCUCUUCGGCAGUGUUGACUUUUGCUCCUCCAAUCCUCGAUGCUCUUUAGGAUCCCUGCCUGCCAGCCUCUGCAUUCGAGUUUUGUUUCAUUUGCUUCCUGAGACAUUUCCCCGCUUUUUUCCUGCUUUCUGUGCUGCUGCUGCUGCUGCUGCAGACGGCCGAGAGCAGCUGCCUGCCGGACAAGACCCUGAAGGUCCCCCCACCCGCCGCCCCUCCCUCUUUUUCUUUCUCUCCUUCUAAUGUAGUCAUCUGCAGGGAGGUUUCCCUUUUUCCUCCUCCGCCUCCGCCUCUCUCUUUUGCAAAGUUGACGUUCCAGGGCGACUCGGACCUUGCUUUGCUCCCAGAGCCACUUGGCGAAGCUUGAAGGAGGAGAGAUCCCUGCCGCCUCGCCUGGAGUGAGGGCUUCAGCCGCUUCUGCCUUCGACAGACGAGGCGCCUCCACAUCGAAGCAACAGCAAAGGAGUUUUUUUUGGGGGGGGCGGCGGCGCGCGCUCCUUUCUCCAACCCCUGCCAGCAAGCUUUUCUUCCUUUCAAAAAUAAGAACUCCUGAAGCGAUUCGUUUUGAUAUCCUAGGAUUGCAAACUGCCUUCUGCCGCCAAUUCUGGGUCUUGUGGAUUCCUCCCGCUUGUUCGUCCAUCACCCAGGAAGAGGAAAAGGACGAGAAGGCUCCCUUCCGAGAACGAGCGAAGGUGCCUCAACUCCGGCUUCCCAACUCUAGCUAGAGAAAGAGCGAGAGUGAGAGUGCCCCAGAAGUGGACUUUCCUCCGCCUUCCUCUGAGGAUUUCCUGUCAGCUCUCCUCAGCCGGCCUCGAAGCGCUCCCUUCAGAGCCCUCGCGCCAAAAGGCGGGAAGAAGAAAACCCCAGAGAGAGAGAGAGAGAGAGAGAGAGAAAGGACGAGAGUGAGAGAAGCCCUUUGGGAAGGCAAGGGAGGGGAGGCCAGGACAGCGGAGCCGCCCAUCAGCGGCGCUGGACGGGGGCAGGGCCGGUGUAUGUCUUGCCCUGGGUUCAGCACAGGACUCGCCGCCGUGAAUGAGCUCCUCCCGCCUCCUCAGCCACCGUCUGCUGCUGUUGCCCGGCUUGGCUCCCGGCUCCCCCUACCGGGGCGCGCAGGCUCCAUAAGGAUCACUCCUCGGCAUAGGCUUUUUUCCGUAGGGGAUCUCCUCGCGGCCCCUCGCUUUUCUUGCACUUUUCUCUUGGUGUGUGUCUUGUGACUGUGUGGUUUUGUCUUUAUUUUAGUUUAUUUCCUUCCUCACUUUCCUUGGUGUUCUGUUGUCGUUUGCUUUUGAGAGAAAGAGAGAGAGAGAGAGAGAGAGAAAUCUAUAUCCCUGUGCUGUGUCUUGUUGGCCGGGAGUGAUGUUGCACGUGGAGGUGUUGACGCUGGUCUUUCUGGUGCUCUGGAUGUGCGUCUUCUGCCAGGAUCCCAGCUCCAAGACAGUGGCUGAUCGUUAUGCCGUCUACUGGAACAGCUCCAACCCCAGAUUCCAGCGGGGUGACUACCAUAUUGAUGUCUGUAUCAAUGACUAUUUGGAUGUAUUCUGUCCUCAUUAUGAGGAUUCAGUGUCAGAAGAUAAAACUGAACGCUACAUACUUUACAUGGUGAACUUUGAUGGCUACAGUUCCUGUGAUCAUACCUCCAAAGGAUUCAAGAGAUGGGAGUGCAAUCGGCCUCACUCUCCAAAUGGACCAUUGAAGUUUUCAGAAAAAUUCCAGCUCUUCACUCCCUUCUCAUUAGGAUUUGAAUUCAGGCCAGGCCGGGAAUAUUUCUACAUCUCAUCUGCGAUCCCUGAUAAUGGGAGAAGGUCCUGUCUAAAGCUGAAAGUCUUUGUACGGCCUGCAAACAACUGUAUGAAAACUAUAGGUGUUCAUGAUCGUGUUUUCGAUGUUAACGACAAAGUAGAAAAUUCAUUAGAACCAGCAGAUGAUACCGUACAUGAGUCAGCUGAGCCAUCCCGUGGUGACAAUGCAGAACAGACACCAAGGAUAUCCGGUCGGCUUUUGGCGUCCCUACUGUUUCUCCUGGCAAUGCUUUUGACGUUAUAGCACAUAUUCUAGUAAUCUGUCACAGACAACAUCAGGGUCUUGGAACAUCAAAGAUCCACUUAAUUGCUCAUCCCAAGAACGGGACAUUAUAUUGGUUUUGCUGAUGUUGGUUUGUUUUCCUCCCUCAGUCUCCUCCCCUUCUUCCUCUGCAACCUGAACUAUGAGCAAAAAUUGAAGAGGCAUAACUAGCCCUCUUACCGCUCCCAAUCUUCCCCAUGGCUUUCCUUGACCCCUUCUAAAAUAAAAGGACUCCAAAUGAAAAUGCCAAAUUUCAAUAUUGACACUAGUGAUUCUUACUUUUCUCUGCAGCCUCUCUUAAGAUAAAGCCUCUGUUAGCUCGCUGAGCCAUCUGUAUGUGGAGAAGGAAGAAUAGUAGCAGAUGCAGUCAGUUGGAGGAUAAGGAACUUGUUUGGAGAAACAAGAGGAGUCUUUCCUGUCUCCGAUACAAUAUUUAUGUCUCCUCAUUCAGCACUGUAAGAUAAUCAUGCAAAGGCACUGUGUCACAAUGUCAGGACUGGAGGGGAGAUACUGAGUAUACCAUAGCACCAUUCCCUCCAGGAAUUUCUCAAUGUACAGGCUUUUAUAGGAAAAAGAUACUGUUUUGUAUGCAACUGCCUUGAAAGAUCCUUGAUAGUAGAACUUGUGCUCCACAACAGAAGCUCUGUCAUUAGGGGAGAAGAAAGUGACAACUGAGGAAUGCUAGCACAUAAGCAAGGUCAGAUUUAGGAAGCUAUGCUGGGGUAUGAGUGCCUCUAUUAUCUCUCUUAAGUGGAUAGUGCAUACCAGAUUAUUUUUCUUUAGAAACAGAUCACCAUGGUGCUACAAUAAUUUUCUUCAAAUGCGAACAGGCAUUUUCUGAUUCUUUUUUUUUCUUUUUGUAUGUGAAUAAAGUGACCUUUCCCAAGGCUGACUUAGUAGCCAAUAGCCUUGGGUACCACUCUGGGUUAUGAUACAUGCUAAGAUGAUAGCAACACUAGGUGGAGUAAACUUGGUCAGAGAUAUGGAGUCCCCAGUGUGUUCAUAAUUUCCCUCCCUUGAAAGUUUGGUGGCCGUUGGAAUAAAAUCCUGCCAGAAAGGGACAGUGUGCUUGUCAUAGAGAGUAAGGGUGGGAUGAAGGUAAAGAUUAGGAAGAGUAUGUUGAACUCUGGAGUGAACAUUCAGGCAUUGGCUUUGUUUCUCUCUUCCUUUCCGACACAGUUGAAAAGCAGAAGAAAAGUCUUUAUCAGCAAGAGAUAAAGUAGAUGGACUCCCAAAGACCCUUAACUAAAUAUUUUUUUUGAAAACUCACUAGAAUAGAAAAUUCAUUAUUUAGAUAUACCUUAUGCUGAAAGUAAGUAUAUAUGCUUGUUCUAUUUAAAGAUGAUAAAAGUGGUGACAGGAUUGUGGGGUGCUACCAUGUUUGGUUGGAAUCAAGGUUGAACCCUUAAGCAUCUGAACACUAUAUUAGGGACUAAUAAAAAACAUUUACCAGGAAAUGCCUUUCUUGUGGGUUUCCAUUGGCUUAAGCAGGCAUUGACUUGCAAGAGACUGAAUAAAUGAGAGAGACCAUGAAAGCGACUCUAUUGGACAGUUAACUUUACCCCAAACUUUUAAGAACAAAGCCUUACAAGAAUGUGUUAGAUUCCACUGGAUCUUCACAAGACAACAAAAGUAUAAUUUAAUACUGAAUCAUGAUGCAAAUGACAGUAUUUUGUGAAUUUUGAUUGUUUGUUUAAGAGAGGAAAGCAGGUUUGUUUUUUGUUUUUUUUAAGCUGAAGGAUUUCAGGAUUCCAAAACAGCAGAAAGUAAAUUUAGGGCACUCUGGGCUUGCCUGAUACCAUACAGUAUGGGCUGCAUUUGAAAGCACAGAGAUGUCUAAUACUGCACACAAACUAUCACAGUCCAUGCUGAGAGAUGACACCACUUUACUUAAAAUAAAUAAAUAUUCUCUGUUCGAUAUAUGUACUUAGUGCAUAUAUCUAGGAAUGGCAGUGCACCGGUAGUGAACAAGGCCAGAUAGUUCCCUGAGAAGGUUCCACACCAAUCACCUACAUGAAUAGUACUGAUUUGGUGUCCUAACAAUGAUUAUAACUGUUUUCCAUAAUUCAUCUAUAAAUAAUGAAAGACUGGACUCACUUUUGUGUCAAGAGCACGCUGUUUAGUAAAACAAAGUUUUCACCACAGUGAAUUCUACCCUUUGCUUUGCCACAGUGCCACUGCUACUCUAAUGAAUAAAGGCAACACUGUAUUACAGUGAAAAUGCUAACUGCUACACUGUAUCAAGUACAAGCCUUGUGGGCAGUAAUUUUACAGGACCUUCACUUUGGAUACUUAAUGGCAUCAGGCAAUCUCAAUCUUACCAAGCAAGCAAUGUGUGAAGGUUUUCUAAUCUCUCUCGUAUGUGUGUGUUUAUUGUUUUGAUAUCUUGGAAAAGAUGCCAGUGUGCAAGUUUACAGCAGCCCUUGUCCCCCACCCCACCCCAGCGUGAAGUUUUAAGAGCAAAAUUCCGCUACAGCAGCCCCUCAGCCCAGACAAGUCUGCCCUGUGUCAUCCAUUCCUGGUUUGCCAAGGGCUUUGCAAAGGGUAACGGGGAAAUAAGGAUUGAUCUGUUUGGUGGAUACUGUGUAUCCUUUAAUAGACAACAAGGUAACAUUUCGUGUUAGUUUAGAAAUAUUGUUUUGUACUGUACUUUCUUGGAUGGCAAAGGAAAGACAAGUUAAAACAAAAAAAGCUAUGUUCCUUAAAUUCUGUAUUAUUAGCAGCCUCUGUUGUAUAUAGUGUUUGAUAAUAAAGUAUUAAUUUGAUUCUUAUGUCUUUUGUAAGUGAGAAAAAAUAGACUUUCAUGAUAUUAAAAAUAAAAUAAAAAAUGCACCCACAGAUUAUAUGACAGAAGCAUCCAUUGUGACUACGGAGAACUGAAGGAAAAGUAGUCACAACAGAUUACCAUUCAGGACUCAUCCAUGCACCCAAACUCAAGUUUUCACAAUGUCAAGACUUGGAGCAAUGUGACAUUUGACGCUCAAUAUUUUGUCCUCAGUGUUAAUGGUCUGAUGUUGGAGCCCUGUGAUAUUUAGGGUUAACCUUUCCUUUUUGGGUUGGGUUAGCAUGUUGAUUCUCAAUGGCUUUGGGAUUUUUACUCUUAUUUCUUGUGAGGAUGAUUUUCCUUCUGAUUCUUUGUCUUUAUUUCUUUCCAUGGAUAGUUUGUUUCAAAAGGGGCCUUGCCAGCAUCACCCCCACACCAAAAAACAACAAAUUUGAGAGGGGUCGUAUGUAAAUUAUUUUCUUUCCUGUAUAACCACUGCUGAAGGAAAGAAACAGUAGCUGUGAAGGGAAUGUGUUUGGUUUGUUGUUGAUUGUUUUGUUUGUUUUUUUACUGAUAUUUAUCAAUUGCUUUAUAAAAGCAGCGGCUGUGUCAGUUUUGAAAAAUAUGGAAUUCAUUUAUGCUGCAGUCAGAAUAUGUGUAUUCAUUAGUCUUUACAAGUGUCCUGCAUCGAAUGUGUUCUUUCUCUUCUCUGCUCCCUAAACCCAGCAAGUUCUUUUUUUUCUUUUUUUUCCCCACCCCUUUUUAAAUUUGGAGCAGUGAAUGGGUAGAUCUGUUUCUGAUUUGGCAUUACCAAGCUUUUCCCAUGCAUUCACCCCCGAGUUUUUCGGAUGUGAGAUAAAUCUCCCUACAAUAGACUUGCUGCCAUUGUCUGUACAGUUUAAUAGAUGCUGGCAUGUUGAAGGUUACCCAUGAGUCUACAAAAUCCGCUUUCCAUACUUACUCUUGACACCCUAUUGAAGCCACUCAUUGUGUGUCCUGGGUAUGAAAGUCCAGCUCAGUGUGGUCCUGUGCUUGUACUGCCCUGCUCUUGCAGUUUCUUUGCACUUAUUCAUUGAGUGCUGUUUUUGAAAUGCUUACGUUAUAUGAACUUAACAGAACUUGUAAAAAUGAAAUAAACCCAUAAGAUCUGUAUUUGUAUAUACACGUGUCCAUAC